AUGAAAAAACAAAACGUUCGUACAUUAACAUUAAUUGUAAGUACAUUUUCGUAUUUAUUAGUUGGUGCAGCUAUAUUUGACGCUUUGGAAUCAAAUCACGAAGAUAAAUUACGUAAACAAUAUCAAGAAGAAGAACUUUUCAUGUUAGGACAAUUUAAUAUAACAGUCGAAGAAUAUUUAGAAUUAGAAGAUGUUGUUAUUAAAUAUCAGCCCCAUAAAGCUGGUGCCCAGUGGAAAUUUGCUGGUGCUUUUUAUUUUUCAUUAACUGUUAUUACAACAAUUGGCUAUGGACAUUCGUGCCCUACAACGAUUUCUGGCAAAUCAUUUUGUAUGUUAUAUGCUAUUAUUGGCAUACCUCUUUGUCUCGUUAUGUUCCAGUCUGUUGGUGAACGUUUAAAUAAUUUUGCUGGAUGGGGAAUAAAAACUAUAAAAAAAUGUUUUAAACUUCGUGAUUAUGAAGCAACACAAACAGAACUAGUAGUGGUAGGGACUUGUUUGGCUGUGGGUGUUGUCACGGGUGGUAAGUCAUUUGUUUAA